AUGUUCCAGCAAGGCGGCGGCUCCCAAGGCCAAGGCAUGGGCAUGGGUAACGGUAUGGGUGGAGCCAUGGGAGGUGGCAUGGGCGGAGGUAUGAACCCGGCCGCGCUCAUGAAUGGGAUGGGCGGUUUGGGCGGAGGCAUGGGUGGCGGUAUGGGCGGCAUGAACGGCCGGAUGGCGCAGUACCAGCAGAUGCAAGCGCAAGCGCGAGCCCAGCAGAUGAACAUGAUGGGCGGUGGCGGACAAGGAGGCGGACCCGACGGACCAGCGCAGCCGAUGCCAACGCCACCGCGCCAGGCGUCGCUGCCGCCUUCCGCAACCGCCGCCUCUCCUGUCGUCUCGGGAACCGUACCCGGCAUGAUUGCAGGCACUCCAGUCAAGGCCUCUAGCAUUCCCCCAUCGUCGACGACCGCCGUCAAGACGAGCUCGUCCCCCGCUCCACCGGCCUCGACGACCACCGCGCCGACGCCACAAGUGCAGACGAAGAUCGUGCCUCAGCUGAACCCGCUGCCCGCGAACGUCACUCUGGAGCCGAAGGUGACGCGGGUGUCGGUCGUGCCGCUCGCAGACUCGGACGCGGUGAUCCCGCCGCUCGAGGCGGACGAGAUCACGCGGGUCCAGGCGUGGAUGGCGAUCGACAAGGAGUACGAGGGGCGGCACAAGGCCAUGCAGGCGCGCAUGACGGAGGAGAUGCGGCGCACCGUGGGUGUCCCGCGCGCGUGGUGGGAGAAGGACUUCACGAUGCAGGGUGGACUCGCGCCCGACGAGAUGAGGAGGAGGCGGGACAAGUGGGUGCUUACGGGCCUGAAGAGCCACAAGGAGAAGGAGAUUAAAGACCGGAAGAAGAUGGGGAAGCGGGAGGGGCUUAGGCUGCCGAGGAGGAUACCAGACGAAGACGCGCAGCGGCCCGAGCAGCUCGUUCCCAUUAGGCUCGAGUUCGACGUCGAACACCAUAAGAUGCGAGAUACGUUCGUGUGGAACCUGAACGACCCCAUCGUGACCCCAGAGGUCUUUGCGCAGUCCGUGGUUGACGACUACGGGCUCAACUCGGGGUACCACGCGACGAUCACCAAGUCUAUCCAGGAGCAGCUGAGCGACUACAAGGCGCACUCGACCACGUUUGGCGAGGACGGCUCGAUGCUCGACCUCGACGGCGAGCAGGAAGUGCUCAACGGCCAGAUCGCAGGGGACGACGCCGCUUGGUGGCAAGCGUGGCGCAAGCGUGUGCGCUCCAAAGCGAUAUAUCGGCUGCCCGACCCGCCCGCAGAGCCGGCGCGGACACGGAAGAGGCGCAAGGUCGUGAAGGAGGAGGUCGCUGAGCGCCCGGACGCGCUUGCCGCUCCUGGCGGGGAGGUGCCGAUGGCGGUGGACGACUUCGAGGAGGACGAGAACUUGAUGAACGAGGAGAUGCGCAUCCUCGUCAAAGUCGAUAUCAUCGUCGGCUCGUACAAGCUCGAAGACCAGUUCGAGUGGGACCUCGAGAAUGCGGACCCGACCCCAGAACAGUUCGCGGAGAUCUACUGCACGGAUCUUGGUUUGAGCGGCGAGUUCAAGACGGCUAUUGCACACUCAAUACGCGAACAAGUGCAAAUAUACCAGAAGUCGCUAUUCCUUGUCGGUCACCCCUCGGACGGUACUGCGGUCCAAGACGACGACCUCCGGAUGUCCCUUCUCCCCUCGCUCACCUCCGGGGCGCGCUCGAUGGAACAAGUCAGCGCGUUCACGCCCCAGCUCAACUACCUCUCCGAGUCGGAGCUCGAGAAGAACGAGAAGGACCGCGAGAAGGAGCUCGCGCGCCGGAAGCGCAAGACUACUCGCGGUCGCCGCGGCGUCGCCCUCCCCGACCGCGAGCCGCCGAAGACUUACCGCACACCCGCGAUCGGUUUCCCCGAGAUCUCGCCCGCUGCGCUCGCGCUGGCCGCCGCCGUCGCCGCACCCACCUCCCGCCGUGCCGCCGCCGCCGCCGCGCAGCUCACCAUCGCGAAUAUGGUCGCGUCAGAGAACGGGACGGCAAUGCCGCUGCCGCAGACGCUUCCUACAGCGCCAGUGGCGCCAGUGGCCCCGAGCGCGUCCAAGGAGAAGAAACCGCGCGGGUUGUUCAAGGCACCCUCGUACCCGCAGUCGGCGCUGCGUCCACGCGCUGGCGUCAAGGCGCCGAUCGCGUCGACCGCGGCGGACGUGUCGACUCUGCCGCCCCCGCUGGAGAACGACCUUCCGGCGCCGAGCAGCAGCGGUUUCGACAGGCAGGGGUCGAAGGUGGUGCUCACGGCGAAGCGCGCAAAGGAGCUAGAGCGCGAGGCGAAGGAGAAGGAAUACGCGGACGGACAGCAUGCGAACAUGAUCGAUGGCGUGUGGCACUGUUCGAACUGUGGUUGCCCGGAGAGCAUCGCAGUCGGGCGGCGCAAGGGUCCUCUGGGAGACAAGUCGCAGUGUGGUACUUGUGGCAAGUACUGGCACAGGCAUCGUCGCCCGCGUCCAGUCACGUACAACUCCAGCCUCGAGCACCACCAGGGCAUCAUUCGAGCCGAGGAACAGUCGAAGUCAGCGGCGAAACGGAAGCGCCCUCAGGCGAGCGUGGUGGAGAAGGAGACCGUCACGGCAGACGACGACGCAGAGAUGGACACGCCCGGGCCGUCGAAGCCCAAGUCACUCGCGGAGACUCCAUCCGCAGGGGCAGACCAUGGCGACAUGCAUCUGGACCGCGCAGUGUCCCCGGUUUCCACCGCGUCAAGCACGUCCGAGUCCCCGCUUGCGCAUCGCGUCAAGAUGAAUGGCGGCGGCGGGCCGCACUCCAAGUCGGCCCCGCCGCCUCUGCCCGAGAACGCGAUGGAGUUGGAUCCGCCACCUCCCCCACAAUCGCCGCCGCGCUCGGCCCCGCCCAUCGUGCAGAACACCCCGGUAGGCCUCAAUACCACUCGUCCCCCACAUGAACAGCAGACUGACGACACUCCCCUCCCUGCCCGCGCCCCUGCAGAUGGCGACGCCUCAAUGGCUGACGGACUCGAUCACGGGGAUGAAGGCCAGGUACCCUGA